AUGAGGCUGAUAGCGGUACUAGUUGCACUUGCAUUCUGCCAGCUUACAGCUGCAGUGCUGUUCGGUGAGAGCGGGGGACCUGUUGCCUCUGCGCACAAUGCUUUGACGCGAGGCAAACAAAUGCUGGCCGCUUGGGUGCGUAGGUCAGAGGUAAUGGACUUGAAGCUUCAAUCCUUCGCGCUGACAUGCGAAUUGCUCUUCGCUUAGAUUCAUCCUUCGAAAGGCGUCGCACUUCGCAAAGGAGCGCCCAAGAACCAGAGCCCCGUUUCCCUGUUGGGCUGCAUAACCUGUGAUUCAGGCGUCGUCGACCUGAAGAGCAACAAGCAUAUUAGGGAGUCGUCCAAAAAGCUCGAGGCAGAGGCAAAUUCAUGGGCAAGUAGAGCCAGCGCUUCCGACGAGCGCUCGCUCUACAUCUAUGGCAGCCGCACAGGAUCUCGAAAGAGCAGCACCUCUUCGUCGUCCCACUCAAGGCAUAGAGAUGGAUCCGGCAAGGGUGUAAGACGCACUGAUCAUCUCCUGCUUGGUCAGAGUCGGCCAGAAAGCCCGAUUCCCUCCAGGCAUGAUCCGCACAUCAACAACAUUUUCCUUGGCAACUCUUAUUGGGGACGGCAAUCCCUCACAACACCACCAAAAUCAGCGUGGGGCAAUCCAGGCUCUCCAACUGGGCCCUUGAGGAACGAAGUUGGCAAGCAGGUCUUCCGUAGCAAGAGCUUCAAGCCAGCGACAUCGUUUUCAUUCCAGCCAGAAGUGUCAAGUCUAUCCCAACACGCACAUGAGCCGGGUUCGACCUCUCCAGAUCUCACUCACUUCAAACGGUCCGGCCGCAAGAAACCGGACCUCACCCCGCUAAACGUUCCGAAGCGCUCGGAGGAGCUUCAGCGAAGACGAGUACAAAUCGAGGCGAUCAUGCCGAUCAGCACUGAGAUGACCUUGCUCAAACGCUCAAAUCAUGGACAAGUAGCCUUUAUGAUGCGGAACAAUUUGCAGCGCCGACUGUUGAAGAGUGGCUACGCCAGGGCGAAGAAGGUGGGCGACGUUCUCUGCCAAAUAGCUUCCACUCCCAGAGAAGCAGUGCUGACUUGCCUCUCUUCUCGCGCAGGCCUUGCGAGCCGUUGGCAACAUGGGUUGCACUGGAUGCGGAAAGGCGUGGUCUCCACCGCCGUCGGUUGCCGAUCACUACUGGCGAAUCAGCUCCGCCUCCUUCUCAGACGCAACGCGCUCCCGGCACUCGCGAUCGGUAUCCUUUUCCGACAUGCCUACGUUGCUCAAGGAGUCCUCUUUGACGCCCAAGGACUUACCCCAUCUACGCAACGGUGGUCAAAUUUCGCCGUCCCGUUUGAUGCAAGAGUCUCCACCGCGUCAGCCACCCAAUGAGAAUUUUGACGACCCCGAACAGUGGGAUCGAGUGUGGAAGUGGAUCCCUCGUCCACCGCGUGCCAAUCCUGCAGAAUCGGGACCGAAAGCAAUCCCCGAAAGCAUCCGGCUGCCACUGCUACCGCCACGCGCACCACCUAGAAAAUUUAAGCGAACCUCGUCUGCUGCGGGCAGCGCCAGUACGGUCCAUCCUACGACAAAACUUCCCCCGUCUUCCAUCCCUGACCUCAUCAAGCGAGGCCUGACCGAGAGCCUAUUCAAGGUUCGUCGUCAUCAAGACUGUUCGAGCUCUAGGUACGCGCUGACUGACAUGCCCACGGUGUAUCAAUGCAGCUCUGCAGGGGAUGCACCCGCCCUUCGGCCGCGGAGGAGUCCGGCCUUGCCCCAUUGAGUCCAGCGCAUUCCGACAGUCCUGCUUUCAGAAGAUUGACCAGCGCGCACAUGGCAAGAAUGCAGCAUUGGACCGAGCACGGUAGACAGCCCCUGCAUGAGCGACCGCUGCAAACAGAAACAGAAGACCUUCGUCUUUCAGAAUUGCCAGGACCGAUGAGCCCCCGCGCAAAGAAGACUGCCAUCGCUGCGUGGGCUCGUAGGCAGGGCAAGGUCCCCAGACUUGCCUGCGGCGGAACUCACGAAACACCCUGGGAGGAGGAGAAUCUGGGCCACGAUCGUCCAGUCUUUGAUCCAUGGCUUCUCUCGCCAGAAAGACGCCCGCCCGAGCUCCAAGCUGGUCACAACAGCCAGCAGCACAGCUUUGAUACGCCUCAUGCACUAUCUCCAACUCGCCUGAGUGAUGCUGGCGACGGGUUGCGAGGCGGAGAAGCUUCACGAGUGAGUAUCGAUCAGAGCUAGCCCUGCAACCGUCGUGGCGAUGACGGUGCGUUCUUUGAGAGCAACAGCCAACACUGGCUGUAAGUCAGGCAAGGCCGCCACAUUGAAUGCAGACGAGCGUUCGGCAACGAGGCCCACCUCCCUGCUUACCUUCAUCCCCUCAUCGUGCUGCUUCGCUUUCUGCUCAGCACAAGACAAACGAUCCAUCAGCAGCUUCUGUCAGAUCUUCUACGCUCUCGGACCAGAACUCGUUGACCGCACUUGAAGCAGCCUUUCGGAAAGCCGAAGAGCGCGCAAACAAAUCGCGCGAGAAGGGCACCAGGGCAACGAGCUCCAGGCGUCUCGUAGAGCGGACGCGCGAUCACGUUCUUGCGAAGCGUGGCCUGCGCUCGGAGCAGGUGUUGCAAAAGCGCUUCUUGGGCAAGGUGAGCAAGCUAACGUUGCGCAAAUAGCAGACUGCAAGGACUAACGAUGAAUUCGUUCGACAGCUUUUCUCGUGCUUUGGAGGGUGCAAGAGCAGCAGUCCCAAAUUUCCACAACUCCCUGCAGGAGCGACAGACGCAGAAGUCAAAAAGUUUGCGGGAUCCCUUCUAGGCAAGACCUCGACCAUCUCUGGCACUCGUCAUCGCACGCAUCGGCGUAGUCAUAGCGUACAAAUUUUGCAAAAGCGUCUUUCGAGAAGCGUGAGUCUUGAUUUUAGUCUUUAAUGUACCUUGCCCAAGACUGACAUGUCGUGACCUUGCACACCAGCUUUUCGCAUGCUUCGGACUUUGCAAAGCUCCAUUGCCGCCUACGGGACCUCAAAUUCGAACGACCGAAGCAGAGCUUCUCAAAGUUGCUGCGGAUCGCAAGCCUCAUGGCGCCACCUCGAGCAGCCAUCUGGCCCAUGCUCAGCGUCGCGACAUCGUUCACAUUCUCCACAGGCGUUUCCUGAAGGCUGUGAGUCAUCCCAACGACCAAAAGACAAUUUGAGACACUGGAUCACUGACCGGGAUCUGUUAUUCGUGACCUACACGAUAGUUAUUUUCCUGCUUCAUGUGCAAAAGCGGCGACAGCCCCAAAUUUCCGAGCAUUCCACAAGGCGCAUCCGACGCGGAAGUGAAAAGAAUCGCGGGAUCCAUGCUGGGCAAGACUUCCACGAUCUCCGGAACUCGUCAUCGCACGCAUCGCAGAGGAAUGGAGAUCAAUGAACUCGAAGGUACCGCGGGCCGCGCUGAAAAGCGUGGCGAAAAUGGUCAGGUGGGCAUCUAGACAGCAAUGUCUUUUCCGAGAUGGAUGAAAGAGAUGGAGCCCGUUGGCUGCGCACUGAGCAACGAAGAAGCACAGCUGAAGGGAAAGUGAUUGUGGCUAAACCGCCAAAGAGGGCCAGCGUUUUAUGCGGCAAACGAAAUCGCUCAGCGAACGAAUCUUUUCGAAUGAGAUGUGUGCCUACCUCUGCGCCAAUCCGCCCUCUGAAACUUGAUCUUCCACCUUCCAGGCUCCAAUCUUACAGCGUCCUCAUUCUGACUUUCUGCAAAGGCGAAUGAGGGUGAGUGCUGUAGGGCUUGCAGCUUUGCCCCGCAGGACUGACUGGUGCGGGUCUCUGAGCUGCCGAGCAGGUCCAAGAUGUUCCGGAUGAGCUGGAAGCAGAGGCCGAGAAACGGGCGCGCCUUGUUACCAACAACUCUUCAUUGAGUCGCUUCUUUGGCUCUGCAUCAUCUGCACCCCAGGAUGGUGCCAGCACGUCCCAGCAGGUCGAGCAUGCCGUCCGCAAAAGUUAUAGUGGCAGUUCCAUUGAUCAUUCUACCCGCAGCACUAGUUAUUCGGAAAAUUUCUCCAAUGACAAUGGCCAGAGCAACGGCUUAUGGAGAUCCUUGAGCACGCGGCUAUUUGGAGGUGUGAGUGCGGACACGUGCCACAGCCGGAUCUACCCCUCUCUGAAGCCUAUUACACCCAGCCUCCCCAGAACCGACGUCUUCGAUCGAUAGGGGUCACACCUACGGGAGAGCGACAGGCUAGACUGCAAGCAGCUUUGGAGGACAGACGAGCAGCCAUCGCGCAAAGUCGGAGAGGAGCAAACAUCCAUCUACAGACUCACAAUUCACUUUCAGCAUCGACAAUCGCUUCGCCAUCUACUCUAGAAGACUCGACGUCCGCAGCUCAGGGCAAUUAUGCGCGUCAGCACGCAGCUGAGCGCAUCAAUUUGGACAGCAGCGUGUCGCGAUACCAUCUGAAAGACGAACAACGCAACUCUCACAUUGAACGUUCCACCUCUCAAUCUCGGCAUGACAAUGAGCCCUCUGUGCAAACUAAAGUUGAUGUGGACAUGCCACGCUCCCAAGCAGGAGGGGCGAGCGUCAAGGGACUGACUGAUCAGUCUGGCAGUAUUGCUUCGCACAUGGCUAAUGAACGACUGGAGCGCCGCGAUCAACGCACUAGGUUGACCUUGGAGCGCCGCUUGCUUCCAGAUGAGCUAGAGCAGCUUCGACGGAUAGCCUCUGGCAUCAACCGCCUUGGGGAGUCUAGCAGCUCCAGUUUGACUAGAAGCCGCAGCAGCGCUCGAGGCCAGCAUUACGACAGCCACACCUCGCCUGCUGGCUCGCUAGCCCGUGAGUCGCCGGCAUCCUCGUUUUCGGAAGAUGGUUUAGGCACAUUGACACGUGUCAGAAGGCGACGUGAGGGUUUCGAUGUAAGUACGGCUAAUCCACCUCAAUGAUCGUCACAGGAACCCAUGAAGCCUCGUAUCCCUCGAUUUUGGAGUCAACGAGGGAUACGUACACACCGGGACUAGGUUGGUUUGUCCACCGUACUCCUUCGACCACCGCUCGAAAUAGACGGCACGGUGCAGUCGCGGCCGCCGUCGGAGCCCAAGUCGAUCGCAGCCGUCAGCAAGAGCUCGACCGCUUGAUCCACCUGGACAGCGGCUUCAAUCUCCCUGAUCACGAGUAUCCUCGCUUCCGCUCGGAUGCUGACAUUGCCGCGCUGCAUGGCUGGCAUCACACUCCCUCGACGUCUCGCAGCCCCGUCGCACCUGACAAUUCGCAGUCAGGUCGCCGAGCCAGCUCAAGCUCUACACCUUACGAGCGCUUGAUGGCGUCGCACGGUGGCAGGCAUAGCGAGCCGCACAGUGUCUCUACGUCCAGCACUCAGGCCGAGAGUCGUAAUUUGCGGCCGGAUCGUGGAGCAAGCCCAGGCUCAGGCUCCACGCCUUACGAGCGCUUGAUGGCUUCUUAUGGUGAUAGCAGCGUCCAUAGCGUUGCUCGCGGACAGGAACAGCUUCGAGAGAAUGCACGCCCCGUCACGCGACAUGGUCGUCCCAAAAUGGACUUGGAGAGUCAUGACGUGCCGCAUCAUCGGGAGGAAGAUGAUGGUCGAAUGGAAGCACAAGUCCAUCCGGCGGCUUGGCGGGUCGAUGAAAUGACUGGCGACAGUGCCAACGACAUUCACCACGAGAUGGCUCAUGGUGUCCGUGCCGAACGUCAUCCCGACUUUGUCCAUAAGCCAGGAGCAACAGGCUGGGCAGUUUCAAAGCAUCGUCUGAGCAGGCGAAAUAGUGGCGAUGAUAUCGCUCUUGUCAAAGGUGAAGAUGGACGCAGGGACUUCUUCUCGUCUCAAGCUAAGCUCACGCUCGAGAAAAGGGGACUUUUGGGGGAGCUAUUUGGGUGCUUCCGCAGCAGCUCCGGAUGCUGCGUAGGGUCGUACUCGAGAAAAGCCCACCAGCCACACACACCUGGACCGUCAGAGCCAGGCUUUCCCAAGCCAGCAGAAUGGGGAAGGGCCGAAAUACAUACUGGCGACGUUCCCAGGAGACUCGAGCCCCAAAAGUCGUUCGACGUCAAAAGUCUGCCGAUGUAUGCCAAGCUACAGCAGUGGCGAGCUGAAGAGGUGAGCCACAAGCUUACGGUAGAUGGUGAAUGUUCGUUGCGCUAUGUACUCAUGUUCUCUCGCGUGAAAAUUCUAGAGCGCUGCAUCGGGCAAGGGCAAAGCGACCAUGCCUAGCUCAUCUCACAGCCCUCCCAGGGCCAGUCUCGCAGAAGCGUCGCAUGGCGAGUGGAGGGGUGACCCAGACACGAUGAUAGUGCACGAAGAUUCUUUGCGUGAGCGCACCAGCACUUCCAACAGACGCGCUCUGCCGUCUGAACAGGCAGGAUCAUCUGCACCGACGCAUAAUCGACGACCCUCUUUCGAUCCCGACUCCAUCUAUAUUCACAAGUCUAUGCUGCCAGAGGUGCCUCAUAGCCUCGCGGGAGAUCCUAGAAUGAUGCUGCACUCUGGGUCUUUGCGCCAGCUUCAAGAAUCUUCGAGCGGGCGUCGAAGUUUCAGCCGAUCUUCAUCCCGAUCAAGGCGAGGAGGUUGA